AUGGCGGAGGAAAUUGUCAACAAAGUCUCGAAUCUCAAGAUCACUGAAGUGGAGGACCAAUUAAUUGCUUUCGAUGAUGCUGGCGGUGAUGAUAACAAUAGUGACCUUGAAUUAUAUUUGGUGGGCAAAGUUCUCAUAGUUCGAACGUAUAAUUUUGAGGCUCUAAAACGUACUUUGAACCAGGUUUGGGCCAUCUCCAACGGUGCCCUUUUCUGUUCCAUUGAUCAGAAUCUGGUUCUCUUGAAUGAAAUUGAUCCAGAAGUGCAGCCCUCGAACAUUAAUCUAACUUUUUGCCCCUUUUGGGUGAGACUAUAUAAUAUGCCAAUGGGAUUCCGGUCUGAUCGGCAUGUAAGGGCGGUAGGGAGAAGUAUGGGGGAGGUCCUUGAGGUGGAGUCAGAUGGUAGUCGCUGGCACAAAUCGGCUAGAAUAAGAAUCCUUCUCGACGUCACUAAACCGUUGCGUAGGGUUCAAAGAAUUGCUUUGAAGAAUGGCGAGUCAACGUUGGUAGAGUUAAAGUAUGAGCGUCUUCCAACGUUUUGUUACGUUUGCGUACUAUAG